AUGGCAGACCGAAUGACUUUAAGAAAUGGAAAAGAAAUCGUACCGAAAGAGAGUGAAGGAGAACAGGUGUUAGAACAGGAACAGGGUAUACAGGUAGAUGAAGAAAGCAGAGGAGGAUCAGGAGAAUUUGUAGUACAAUAUUUAGAGCAAGGCAGACAAGAAGCAGGACAAGGUGAUAGAGAGGGAAGUCUAACAGAUAGUUUGAGAGAGGAGUUGGAUGAGACAGUGAGAGAUAGACGUGAUGAAAGUGUGGAUGAAUGUAGAGUGCAGGAGGAGAGACGUAGGGAAGGAGAUGUUGGAGAGUCAGGGAUGACACAGAUGGAUAUGAGGCAAAUAAUGCGGAUGUUACAACAGAUGGAUCAUAAUAUUAGGGGAGAUAUGCACAAAAUGGAUAGUAAUAUUAACAAUAUUAGGGGGGAUAUGAACAAAAUGGAAAAUAAUAUUAAAGGAGAACUUAGGGAAGAGUUAAUUAAAAUGAGGGAAGAAAUCAAAGAAGAAGUGAAGAUAGUCAGGGAAGAGAUGCUACAAAUUACCCAAGGUUUAGAAGAGAAAGUAGAACAGGUCAGAGGAGAAAGUGAGAAUUUUAAGAGGAAUGUACAGGAGGAGAUAUCCAGAGAAAAGGCCAUAAUUAGAGCGGAAAUAGGACAGGAAAUUGGGAGCAGAUUUGUAGAGUUGGGAACAGCCAUUAAAGAGAAUUUACCAAUGGAAAUAAACAAAGAAGUUAAUAAGCAGAAUAAAGAGAUUGUUAGGGAGGUAGAAAGUGUUAAAAGGCAAACUCAGGAUUAUGAGGAAAAAAUUACCAUUAUAAAAAAUAAUAUAAAGAAGGGAUUGCAGAAUUUGGAACUGGAAAUGGGUAUGCAUGCAAAUCAGGCGGAAAAGGGAGAUAGAGUAUUACAGGGACAAGUUGAGGAAUUGAGAGAGAAAUUUAAAAAUGCAAGUGAGGAGAUUCAGCGUUUGGAAUCAAAUCUAGGACAAACAAGAGUAGUGAGUACUGUGAUGCCGAGUUAUAAUGAUGGGGGAAUAAAGUUUGAUGGAAACCUGAAUUACUUACAUCCUAGAAUAUUUGUAGAUAUCAUCAAAAAUAAGGUAAAGAAUGUAAGGGAUCCAAUAGAAAUGAAAUUGAAUAUUCGAAACAUGUUAGUGGGCAUGCCAUUAUUAUGGUUUUGCAAUAAUGAAAAUUCCAUAAAUAAUGUGCAGGAAUUUGAGGCCAAGUUUAUUAACUAUUUUUGGGGAGAAAACCAACAGGCUAGUUUCAGGGAGCGGUUGUAUUUUGGGAAAUUCAAUUAUGAAAAAAGUACCAACUACAAUCUGUACGCAAUGCAGUUAUUCCAGACAGCACAAUAUUUAGAACCGGCUAUGCGAGAAGAGGAGAUUGUCCUAUACAUUGCCAGGCAAUAUAACCAUAACAUGGCAGAAACAAUAGCUCUCCACAAUAUAAAGACGAUGGAAAGUUUGACAGGAUAUCUUCAGAGGAUUGAGAGGAGUGUAGGGACGCAGAAUCGAAAUGGACAAGAGCAAGUGACAUAUAGGAAUAACACAGCAAAUAGACAGGGAUAUGUGAAUCGAGGGAAUAAUUAUAGGGAAAGAGAAUUUGAGAGACAAAAUAGAAGCAGGGAUUUUACAAAUAGGGGAGAGAAUAUGAACAAUGUCAGGAGAGAUAUCGGACGAUAUAACUGGGAACGUAGACAAGGGAAUCCAAACAAUGAUAGAGAGAAUAACUGGAGACAAGGGAAUGACAGAGGCAAUAAUUGGAGACAGAACCAGGGAAAUUAUCCACAGGAGACGAGAAAUAGGGAAGUUUACAGAGAAGGGAAUCCAAGAUAUAAUAGGGGGGAAAAUGAGGAGAGAAGACAGGUGAAUGUAGUUAGAACAGAGGAGAAUAGGGGGGAAGCAAGUGUUGAUGUAGAAGGGAGAAAUUUUGUUUAG